GGAUCACGUCUGCACGUGGUCAUUCUUGCGACAAAUGAUUCAAUAUCUGGUAUUGACCAUGCCUUCAUUUUUUUCACUUUAAUGCUCUAAAUAUGUACUGUUGGCUGACCAUUGGACUUUUAGAUGUUCGUUUAAAGCAGGUUCCCCAGUCUUCGUUACCUGCAACCCGCCAUGCUGUUUCGUUCUCUCGCGACUACACUCUUUUUUGUCGUGCCAGCAUUUGCAGCAUCGGCCGCCGAUUGGCGAUCGAGGUCGAUAUACCAGGUCGUCAUCGACAGAUUUGCAACGGCUAAUGACUCUGCUAGUCCUUGUGAUCCCAAAGCAAGAAAAUACUGCGGUGGAACAUGGCAGGGCCUCAUCAACCAUCUUGACUAUAUACAGAACAUUGGCUUCGAUGCUGUCUGGAUCUCUCCCGUUUCAGCGAACAUUGAAGAGGAAACAGCUUAUGGGGAUGCAUAUCACGGCUAUUGGACCCGAGAUUUAAACGUCCUCAACCCAAAAUUCGGUACACCUGGUGACUUGAAAUCGCUCAGUUCCGCGCUUCAUGAUCGAGAUAUGUAUCUCAUGGUCGACGUGCUUGUUAAUCACUAUGCAGCUACCCCGACUAACAUCUCAGAUAAAAUCCCACAAUCCUUUGAUUUUUCUUCUCUAACUCCAUUCACAUCAGUGAAUGAUUUCCAUCCUCAAUGCUUCAUAACCGACAAUUCGAACCAAACCGAGGUCGAACAAUGCUGGCUCGGAGAUGCCAGUCUCCCACUCCUUGAUAUCGACACCGAAAACCCGACAAACUUCGAGAUGCUCAGGAACUGGAUCCAGGAUCUAGUGCUGGAGUAUCAUAUUGAUGGUCUGCGAAUCUCAGCCGCUCGGUAUAUUCGCCAAUCAUUCUGGCGCGAUUUCACCGGGGCGGCGGGCGUAUUCGCUAUGGGUGAGAUUCUCAGCGACAAUGUCAGCUAUACAAGCGAUUACACUCAGGUCCUCGACGCUGUACUCGAUUAUCCGACCUGGUUCACGAUGACGGAUGCCUUUUCCGAUACGAAUGGCAAUUUCGACAGCCUCAUGAGCACCGUCAUCGAAUCGCAAGAAAAGUAUGCUAGUGGCCUAUGCAUGACUGGAUCUUUCGUGGAGAACUAUGAUCAGCCUCGCUUCCCGUCUUUUACAAAGGAUGAGUCUCUGAUUAAGAAUGCUGUCACUUGGCCGUUCAUUCACGACGGCAUACCUAUCGUUUACUACGGACAGGAACAGGGUUUUCAAGGUGGUGCUGUCCCCAGUAACCACGAACCAUUAUGGUCAAGUUACUACCGCGUCUACCAAAAGCCGCUCGUGCAACAUAUGACUAACUUGAAUGCCGUACGAAAGCUUGCCAUCAAUUCGAAACAGGACUUCUUGACCACCCAGAUGACCUUCAUUCCUCAGUCAAACGACAAUGUGAUAGCGGUAUCCAAACCUCCUCUCCUUGCUCUUCUUACGAAUGCCGGAAACUCUAGCACGGCUACAUGGACCAUACCCGAAGAUGCUGGUCUCUUUUUGAAGGGGCAGACUUUGAUAGAUGUAUUGACGUGUCAGCCUUACAACGUCGAUCCCGUCACUGGUAGCCUGACCGUAGAGUCGAGGUAUGGCCUGCCUCAAGUCAUCUUACUCGCGCGAUAUCUGGAUAGCAAAGGGACACUUUGUACUGGAGCAGCACAGAAUGGCGCGCGCAGAAUCACAAUUGAUCAUCUACUGGUGUCCGGCGUUGCUACUUUCGUUGGUUUAAUCGCAACAUUCCAUUCUUUCAUCUGAAUCCGACAUGAACUUACACUCGGAUAGCACUCCUUUGUUAAACUCUCUUCUGGGCUCUGUGAUUUAACUUAUCCCUUCCAUUAAUGAUUGUACUGGUAUGUGG